AUGUAUAUUGCCGUGUGCGCUCGCCCUGACAUCAUGAACAGUGCUGCAAUCCUUGGUCGCAAAUUUAGUGCCCCUUCGGGAAGUGAUUGGACAGCAGUCAAACGCGUAAUCCGCUACCUCAAAGGAACGCGCGAUUGGAGGCUGAAUCUCGGUGGUGAUAGUGGAGGACUAGUGGUUUAUUCGGACAGCGAUUUUGCAGGAUAUGCUGGAACAAGAAAGUCCACUACCGGCUACGUACUCUUCUACUUUGGAGGAGCGGUUUCUUGGGCUAGCCGCAGACAAGACUGUGUUACACUAUCGACACUAGAGGCGGAGUAUGUCGCCUUAACAGAGACCUGCCAGGUAGUCGUCUGGAUGCUCAGUGACCUUGGAGAAACGCAGACUGUAGCGACUACAGUGAAUGAGGACAAUCAAGGAUGUCUCAGUUUUGCUCGCUCGGAGCGUUCUACUAAGCGGUCCAAGAGACAAAGCGACACUUCGUGA